AUGGAUUCGCUGAAGAAGGGAGAGCCUGAUAGGUGGAGAUUGGUGAAGGCUCACGGGCCAGCAGUAGGGCUGCCCACAGAGGAUGACAUGGGUAACAGUGAGGUUGGUCACAAUGCACUUGGUGCUGGCAGGAUUUUUGCACAGGGUGCAAAGCUUGUUGAUAUUGCUCUUGAAACGGGUAAAAUAUACGAUGGAGAAGGUUUCAAGUACAUCAAAGAAUCUUUUCCGAAUGGAACUCUUCAUCUCAUUGGAUUAUUAAGCGAUGGAGGUGUCCACUCUAGGCUUGACCAGUUGCUGUUGCUUCUUAAAGGUGCUAGCGAACAUGGUGCCAAAAAAAUCCGUGUUCAUAUUCUCACUGAUGGACGUGAUGUGUUGGACGGCAGUAGUGUGGGCUUUGUCGAAACUCUAGAAAAUGAUUUGGCAAAGUUGCGUGAGAAAGGCGUUGAUGCGAGGGUUGCAUCCGGUGGGGGCCGCAUGUAUGUUACGAUGGAUCGUUAUGAGAACGACUGGGACGUUGUCAAACGAGGUUGGGAUGCCCAAGUGCUUGGAGACGCACCCCACAAGUUUACGAACCCCAUUGAGGCUGUGAAGAAACUGAGAGAGAUCCCCAACACAAAUGACCAAUACUUGUCCCCUUUUGUUAUUGUUGAUGAUAACGGAAAGCCCGUUGGGCCUAUUGUAGAUGGCGAUGCCGUUGUGACAUUCAACUUCAGGGCAGAUCGUAUGGUUAUGUUGGCCAAGGCACUCGAAUACGAGGACUUUGAUAAAUUCGAUCGGGUCAGGUUUCCCAAAAAUCGUUAUGCUGGGAUGCUUCAGUAUGAUGGUGAGCUCAAACUCCCGAGUAAGUACCUUGUUUCGCCACCAGAGAUCGAUAGAACGUCUGGGGAGUAUCUUGUGCAUAAUGGCAUCCGUACUUUUGCUUGU